AUGAAAUUCGUUCUUGCUGUACUUUUUUGCGUGGCAACUGUUGCUCAAACGAACGCCUGUCACUGCAACACGGACGAAGACGCGCCAAUUUGCGGUUCCGACGGCAAAACAUGGAAAAACGCUUGUCUUUUCACCUGCGCCACGAGAGCUGUGAACGGCCCCGUCCUUCCGGCGCACAUUUUGUACAAGAGCGCUUGCGAGUCGGAGCCUCCUUGUGACUGUCCGCUGUAUUUCGAGCCGUUGUGCGGCAAUGACAAUCAAUCGUGGCCCAACAAAUGUCUCUUGGAGUGCGCGAAAAAGCACGCGGAAGCAGAUAAUGAGGUCCGGAAGGGAUUGGCGGUGAAGGAAUUUGGUUUUUGUGGAAGUUCCUGCGAUUGUGAGAAAGAAGAGGAGAAGCUCGUGUGUGGCAGUGACAACCAAACGUACAAAAAUAAAUGCGUAUUUGACUGUGUUGUUGGAUCUUCGUACGGAAAGCAUCACUCGUUGACGCUCAAGAAAGAGGAUGGUGCUUGUUAA